GAGAGGGCAAAGAAUACACAACGCGAGGAGACAGCAGGCUCAUCCCACCAGAGAGGGAGGUAUUCACAGAGUCUCAUCUGCAAAAUCUGGUAGAGCUCAACCCUCCAGAUCUGAUGCCUAAUGGUAACGUUGGCACACCCACCGCUGUGUUUCUGGAGUACAUCCGAACCUGCCGCCUCCCCCCGAGGGUCAUCCAAAACUCGGUCUCACCUUCUCAAAGACUAGGUCCAAUAGGAGAUAUGGGAACGUUCCAUUUGCCUACGGGGGUUACAUUGUUGAGGGGCUGAGUGAGGAAGAGGAAGUGGCUGUGACCGCAUCAGGUCAGGAGAUCAGGAUGAAGACACAGAUAUCAGGGUAUCAUCAGAGACUGGAGACCAGACCAGUAAGAUGGGAAGAAAGAAGGAUAGAAGGAAGAACACGAGUCACAAUGAAGAUGAAGAAGGAAAUCAAGCUUCUGAAUCUGAUGAGGUAUCAUGGAGACAAGCUGCAGCCAAUGAAGAGCUACGUCCCCACUGUGAAGAAACAACGUAGAGCAGACAAAGAGGUGAUAAUAUCCACCAUCUAUGACGAUCCCUCAGUGACCGACCCAGCGGAACCACUGAUGCGAUCGAGAGGACCGUACCAUCUCAAGUAUCGGCAUGAGAUUGAGUUUGUCAAAGGAGAUCGCAGAUGACCAACGGGGAGCUAUAUAUACCCACUGCUAAGAACCAUGUGGUGCAAAGAGGUGAUGGUAUCCACCUUUUAUGACGAUCCCUCAGUGACUGACCCAGCGGAACCGCUGAUCGCGAACUAGAGGACUGUACCAUCUCAAGUAUUGGCAUGAGAUUGGGUUUGUCAAAGGGGAUCGCAGAUGAUCAACAGGGGAGCUAUAUACCCACUGCUAAGAAAAAGUGUGGUGCAAAGAGGUGAUAAUAUCCACCUAUGACGAUUCCCUCAGUGACCGACCCGGCAGAACGGUACCACCUAUGCGAUCCAGAGGGCCCGGGACUGUUUCACAAACCAGGUAGAGCUGACACAGAAGAAAUCAUCUCUAGAAAAUGUCCAGAGCAGAGAGUUGACCUAAAUAACUGUGACUGAGAGAAAAUUUACUACACAAAUGUAAACAAUCCUUAAGUAGUACAUAUUUAAUGGUAUUGACCAUGGCUUCGUUGGACUAGAGUAUCCUUUGAUGUACAUGUACAUUGGGCUGUUGAACCAUGCAUUACAUUUCCUUUAAUGUAAUUGUUAAGAAAAAUCUUGUUUUGCCAUAUAUAUAUACAUGUAUAUAUAUAUAUAUAUAUUAGAACCAAACUAUCUCAAAGGCAGAGUAUUCUACUGACACUGCUUCACAUCUACAUAUGUCAUCUGCUGCUCACAAUGUCCCGAUGUCUCGACAGCCAUGUCCCACAAUGCAUCACCAACUGAUUAGCACGCGUGAUGUGCAUGGGAAAUGGAACCGGAAAUUGCUCUAUGUAUGCGUUCAACGAAAGAUAGGGCAAUUGGUACUACAUUCCCUGCCUUUAAAUGGUGUCUGUCUUGAAAUAUAUUUAGUGAAACAUGUUGAUAUGCCCAUUUUAUUUUAUAUUUUUCUAUGGAGUCUGUAUUUAAAAUAAAAGAUAAGAUUGGAAACAGACAUUUACCUUUUGUUUUAUUAUUUACAAACACAAAACUAUAUACAGAAUAAAAAGGUUAGAAGGAAAGAAAACAAAGAUAUUAUAAACUGAGCGACGAGGCAACAACGUAUGCAAUCAAUAA